GACGAGCUUCAGGUGGAUACAACAUCAACAAGAUAAUCUUAUCACUUGGAUAAGAUCAAGCUGGACGUCACACUAGGGUCCGAGUGUUUAACGUUGAACUAAUCCCGAAUCGUCUUGUACGCCGCCAACCCUCACUUUCAUCAUGACAAGCGACAGCGACAAGCACAUUCUCGUCACGGGAGCAGGUGGCUUCGUUGGCCAGGCCAUCGUUGCCCCUCUUCUGGAGUCUUCGCCCUCUCUCCAUGUUACUCUCACUGAUGUGGCCGAGCCUCCCGUCCCUUCGAACGCAGCGCACGCGAGCAUCCGUGUUACUUCCCUCGCGGCCGACUUGACCUCCCCCGCAGCUGUCGCGGACCUGCUCGGUAGCCGCCGCUUCGAUGCCAUCUAUAUUCUCCACGGUCUCAUGUCCGGCGGGUCGGAGGCGAACUUGGAACUUGGCCUGGCUGUGAAUGUGGACUCGAUCCGGAGUGUGUUGGAUUACCUCCGCAAGAACGAGCCCGGCACGAAAGUCGUGUUUGCGAGCUCGUGUGCCGUGUAUGGGCCUUGUGAUGGAGAAGUCUCGGAGGCAGCGACGGUGCCACUGCCGCUAUCUUCCUACGGCGCGGAGAAGCUCAUUAUUGAGUUACUUCUGAAUGAUUUCUCCCGACGGGGGUUGCUGGAUGGCCGCAUCGCGCGGCUGCCGACUGUGGUUGUUCGGCCAGGCAAGCCGUCUGCCGCAGCGUCCAGCUUUGUGUCCGGCAUCGUGAGGGAGUCUCUCAAGGGCAUCCCGAACGCCCUCCCCGUAAGCCGCGACUUUGGGCUUUGGAUUUGCAGCCCGGCCACGGUGGUCCAGAACCUCGUCAAGCUCAAGGAUAUUCCGGCCGAGAAGUUUGGCGACUCGCGAAUCGUCAACCUGCCUGGAAUCACGGUGGCGGUCCAAGACAUCUUGGACGCCGUGGAGCAGGUUGGGGGGAAAGAGGCGGUUGGGUUUGUAAAGGAAGAGAUAGACCCCCCGACUGAGAGACUGGUCAAGAGCUGGCCGCCGAGAUUCGACGUCAGCAGAGCUUACGGGCUGGGGCUUGAGCCCGACGGUGAGCUGAUCGAGGCUGUUCGAGCGUUUUAUGAGACGUUGAAGAAGUGAUGAAGCAAAGCUUUGUAACGCUCUUCAUGUUUUGCCUCAAUGCUACGAUGGUUUAUGAAAUCACGGAAUGGGUAGUUUAUUGAACGUCCAG